AUGUGAUUUAUUUUAUUUUAUUCUUCUCUAUUGAGGUUAAUUGUAUUGAUAUCUAAGAAUGCUGACCAUUAGUGUUUCAUCUGGUUAUACAGAUCUUAAUUUUAUCUGUUCCUACAUUCUCACAUUUCGGUUGAAUGUUCCAUUUUCUUUUCUUUCCAUGGAUUGGUUGCCCAUUAACGAGCUUUGCAAAGAGAUGGAACAAAAAAAAAAAAACAAAAAAACGAAAAAACGAAAACGAAAACAGGAACAUAAAAAAAAAUUAAAAAAAAAAGAAAAGAAAAGAAAAGAAAAAGACCGAAAGAGUAGAGACCCGAAACAAGGUAUUUCCACGUGCUAUUUCCCGUCAAACCUCAUUCCUUCACAAAUGGUUGAAUUCUUCUUUAUGUGCAAAUUCGGUUCAAACUUUCAUGAACCUUUCAACCCCAAUCUCGGAUUUUUUGUUGCUAAACUUGCUGGAGAAUUCCAUAGACUUUUGCAACCAUUUGAGUGGCAGUCCAAUAGGGUUUGUGAAAUUGUCAGCUUGCAGAAGCUGAGCAUUACAGACUGGGACGAACUAUCUUUCUUGCCAGAAGAUGUAGGAAAGUUGAUUAAUCUAAAAAAUCUAAGGCUAAGAUCUUGCAUUCAUUUAGAAGCGUUGCCUGAGUCGACAACAAAGCUUUGGGAAUUAGUCCUGCUUGUGCUUGAUAUAUCUGUCUCGGUCUUGCCAAGCUUCCCGAGAAGAUUGGUCAAUUGCAUAAGUUAGAAAAGCUAGGCAUGCACUGCUUGAGUUUCCGCAAGCUGCCAUUGUCGAUCAGAUACCUGAACUAGUUGAAGCUUUUAUGUGAUAGAGAGGUUGCAGAGUGGCUGAAAAAGAUUGCACCUUUCCUUACCAAACAGUGAAAGUGUAAGUGGAAGAAGCCAACCUGGAGUGGCUUGGCUUAUGAACCAUUCUUUGACUUAGAAUAUUGCUUAAUUUUAGGAGAAAGGCUCAUGACAACACCAGCUAAGGGAAAAGACAAAAAAAUGGAGCAUUCAAAACUCAAUAACCUUCACAACAAGGAGUAUGAUUUCCAUCCAUGUAGCCUUGUAAAGUGUAUUUACGAAGCUGUGAUCACAGUCAAUGGAAACAGCAACCACAAGUCCUAUAAAUUUUGGACCUUUUGGUUCCUAUUGUGGAGGGAUCCAAGUUAUCGAGGUAUAGGGCGUGGUGAUUUGGACACAUCUCCUGUGCAAAGUUUGGAUGGAAGUUUUAGAAAGUUCAUUUCCGGUUUUCUUCAAAAUGGUGUAGACUUGUCUCCAGCUCAAAGUUUGGAUGGAAGUUUUCGAAAAUCACACUCAGCUCAAUUAGGAUGUAGUCCAUCUGGCACUGCCUCAUCAGGCAAGUUUGUUCCUGUUUCAAGAAGAGUAUAUAAAGUGCUGAAGGAAUAUAAAAAAAAACUUAUUGAUUUUGAAAUCUUUAAUCAGAGCCUUGAGGAUUGGAUUGUGGAGAAUACUUCAUGCCAUUCUGCAGACGAGGAACCAAAUUUUCCUUCACCAUUUCCGAUCGACGAAAUUCAUGAGCUUGACUUGGCUCUUGAAGGAGUUUUGUUUCAGCAACUGUUCCGUAUGCCAUGUUCACCCUUCUCCAAUGAUCUAAUUGAAGAUGAAUUCCUUGCACUUGAAGACUUCUUUCAUGCUAUCAUCAACGGUUUAUGGCGCACAUUUUGGCAUAAGAGUAGACCAUUGCCGUUCUUUGUAUCCUGCCCCCGUAACUUGGGAUCAAAAUUCUAUACUGUGGAAAAGGCAAUUUCAAGGGGAAAGGUGAGAGAACUACAAGGCUUGGGCUUGAUUUCUAGAGCUGGAGAUGAGCUGCAUGCACGUUGGGAUCAAGUGGUGCAGUUUGCUUUAUUCAAGCGUAGCAUACUAUCAGAAGACGGGCUGAAGUUAUCGGCUCGUGUUGUUUGCGAAGCUCUCUUUUAUGGUUUACAUUUACUUAUUUUAAGGAGUUUAAGCAAAAUCAGUACUAUCAGAAACUAUGAUGCUGUUUUUGUUUCAAUAUUGGAUUCAAAAUAUGGUGGUGUAAUAAAACUCGGUGGAGAUCUUAGCAAACUUGACAUUAACUCAGCUAACCCCUACCAAUCUGCAGUUGACUGGAUGAGAAAUUAUGCUGAAGUAUGUGUUUCACCAGUUGAUCGUAUAUGGAACAAGCUCGGAAAUGCAAACUGGAGAGACUUGGGAACUUUACAAAUCCUGUUGGCAACUUUCUACUCCAUAAUUCAGUGGCAUGGUCUGCCAAGGCAUUCAAUCACAUCUGUUGCUUCAGACCAUGGUUUACGGUUACAGAAGCGUUGGAUGGAGUGUCGAGUUUCAGAAAAUGAAAAUACAGUGGUUCCUUUUGAACAGUCUAAUGGUCAUCCUGGAGAGAUUGUUGAACUCGAGCAGAUGGAUAGCCAUGUGUACAAGAACCAAGCAUCACGUUUGAAGCUUCGUCCUGGAGAAAUACUCGUAGUUGAUGAUCAAAGACGAGGGCAGAAAAGCUUUCAGGUGCAGGGAUCCUUGGUAGGUGUUAUUAACCGUUGUCUAUACACUGCUUUUUCAAUCGAUCGUCCUGCAGAGUUGUUGACACUUUACGUUGGAGCUCACGUGUCCAAUCUCGAGCAGUCCUGGGAAGAUAUGAGUCUUUGGUAUCAGGUACAGAGACAAACAAAAGUACUGAACAUCUUAAAGUCACAAGGAAUUUCAAGCAGAUAUUUACCUGAAAUAAUUGCCUCUGGCCGAAUCCUACAUAAUGGUCCUUGUAAGAAGGAGACCCCAGGGGGACGAUGUGAUCAUCCUUGGUGUGGGACGCCGGUGCUUUUGACAUCACCAGUUGGAGAGCAGCUUUCAUGGAUAGUUGCUCAGGAUGGCCCGUUCUCUUCAGAAGAGGCACUUCGUUGUUGUAGGGACUGUCUAGCUGCUCUAAGAAGUGCAUCUCUAGCUAGUGUCCAACAUGGUGAUAUCUGCCCCGAGAAUAUAAUAUGUGUUAGUGUGCACGAAUCAAGAAGUAGUUACUCAUACAUUCCAAUAUCUUGGGGACGUGCUGUUUUAGAAGAUCGGGAUAGCCCAGCUGUGAAUCUACAAUUCUCAUCCUCUCAUGCUCUCCAGCAUGGGAAACUUUGUCCAUCCUCAGAUGCUGAGAGCCUCAUUUAUCUCCUCUAUUUUAUUUGUGGUGGAUCGAUGGAGCAACAAGACUCCAUAGAAUCUGCAUUGCAAUGGAGGGAAACCAGCUGGGCGAAGCGAAUAAUUCAGCAGGAGUUGGGCGAGGUUUCAGCCCUGUUGAAAGCAUUUGCUGAUUAUGUGGAUAGCCUUUGUGGAACACCAUACACGGUCGACUACGAUAUAUGGUUGAAGAGAUUGAGCAGGGCAGUUGAUGGGUCGUCAGAUAGAGGCAAAACAGUUGAGGAGGUUGAUAUAGCUUCAAAGUUGGAAGAUGUGGCUGAGUCUUCAGGAACAUCAGGAGCUGGUGCUUAAGUUACAUUCUGUUGGUUGAGGCUGAUGAAUUCAGGUUGUUUAUUACAUUACAUUGCUAAGGUUUGAGUGGGGAUUCAUUUUUUUUUUCUUUUUCUUUAAAAAAAAAUGAGGGAUGAAAUGUAUGAGUUUUACCAUAUUCCUUCUCCCGAGGAAUAUGAUUUUGUGAAGUAGGCUGCUAUUGCAAUUGUUUGUUACCACUGUAAAUGCAUAACGUAUGCUCAAAAUUUAUGAAAUCAAAUCAUGUUUAUGUUUGUUUUUA